AUGAGUAUACUCACUAAAAUUGCCCGUAGACUUGUCUUUUACACCUACCCCCAUGAUCUGACUCGAGACACCACGUUGCUACUGUCAUUCAUGCCGCCACGAACUGAAGAGUUAUAUAGAGAUAUAUAUCCUAUCGCGUGGAAGGUUUUACGCAUUAGUGGUGGACAUGUUGGAACAAGCGCAGUGGCCAAUUAUUCAGCAAGACUUGCUUUUGGGGUUACUCAAAUCAACAACACUAAUCUUACCAUCCCCGAGACUUACGUUGAGCUAGGGCUUGGACAAUCAACAAGGCUGACCACAAACAACGAAGGAUUUACUCAUUGGAGUGAACCUAGCGGGAAGCCCAUUCUAGCAGACGGGCCUCUCAAAGCCGUUAACGAUACGGGGGACCAAAAGGAUAUAUCGAUCGGAUCUCUAGAUGUCCAUACUUCCAGCUUCCUGCCGAUUAUUUGUUGGCCGAGGGUUAACAAUGGUGGGACGGCAACGGUCAAGUUUACACCUGAUUUACACGUAUAUGCGUAUUCAGGUUAUAGGGAAACUGAACUUAUCCGAGGCGAGGUUGAAAACUUCUUGGGAAAUUGGAACCUCUCGACACUUCUCAAUUCCCCAAACGACAAUAGGUUCCACUUGUUCGAAGAUAAGAACGAGGGUCAGAAAUUGAAGCUGACCAAGGACUAA